CGGGAGAUAUUCCUCAGUCGACCGACGUGGAAGUCUAUGCGGGAUACGAAACCGGACUUUGACUACCCCGUCGGUGUAGCAAAGUACAAGCGGCUAAUCAGCGUGCUGGACGACCUGGCUCGGAUUAGGGGUGUAGCGCGCUAUGCAGGGCUGUGGGAGAUGUAUGACCGGUUAUCGGACGCGGUGCGCCAGUUUGAUACUGGUAAAGGGGAGGCGACUGUGGGGGAGAGGAAACGGGGGGAGCUGGAUGCGUAUGGAAGGAGUUAUGCUCAUAGUGGGAGGAAGACGAGCUCGGCGAGAGCAUGGAUGAUCCCUACUGAUCCUGGGCUGCCUACUGCUCGUCCGCAAACGGAAGGAGGAACCCCUGCCGCAACCACCUCCGCAACACACUUCCUUACAUCGAAAAUCCUCAUAAACUCUGCCCCUCUCUCGACCUACUUCACCCAAACCCUCGACCGCGAGCGUGUCGUCCGUCCACUCCGGGUGACCGGUCUGCUUGGCGCAUUCAACAUCUUCGCUCUGGUCCGUGGCGGGGGUACGACAGGGCAAGCGGAUGCCGUCGCCAGCGCCGUUGCGCGCGCUAUCAUGCUGCACGCUCCGCAGAUGAAGGGCGCUCUGGCGGAAGCUGGGCUGUUGCACAGAGAUCCAAGGAUGGUCGAGAGGAAGAAGACGAAUUUGCUCAAGGCGAGGGAGGCGAGGACUUGGACCAAACGUUAGCCGGAAGGGCGGGCGGAAGAGGGAGGGGCACGCGAGAGUGGAGUUGCUCGGAGAAUGGAAAUGGAAGGCUUUGGUUGGUUAGUUGGCUGGUUGGGUGUGUGUUCAGCUCUCUCUGCGGACGAGCUUACGCUGCACACAGCCUUGAGCCUUGCCCUCCAGGUUUUUCCUGUC